GUUGGAGGAAAACAACGCCCGGAAGGUCCCAGUUUUGGCGCCGACCACACUGCCGCCAGACUGCUCCGCUAUGCCGGUUGUUGGCUCUGAGCCGUCCCGCGCUCAGCAACUGGGUGCGGAAGCCCCGCAGCAUGGAGAACUCCAGUACCUGAGGCAGGUGGAGCACAUUUUGCGCUGCGGCUUCAAGAAGGAGGACCGCACGGGCACUGGCACACUGUCGGUGUUCGGCAUGCAGGCACGAUACAGCCUGAGAGAUGAAUUUCCUCUGCUCACAACCAAACGAGUGUUCUGGAAGGGUGUUUUGGAGGAGUUGUUGUGGUUUAUCAAGGGAUCCACAAAUGCUAAAGAAUUGUCCUCCAAGGGAGUGAGAAUUUGGGAUGCCAAUGGGUCCCGAGAUUUUUUGGACAGCUUGGGAUUCUCUGCCCGACAGGAAGGGGACCUGGGCCCAGUUUAUGGUUUCCAGUGGAGGCAUUUUGGAGCAGACUACAAGGAUAUGGAUUCAGAUUACUCGGGACAAGGAAUAGACCAGCUGCAAAAAGUGAUUGACACCAUCAAAACCAACCCUGAUGACAGAAGAAUCAUCAUGUGUGCCUGGAACCCAAAAGAUCUUCCCCUGAUGGCAUUGCCUCCUUGCCAUGCCCUCUGUCAAUUCUAUGUGGUGAAUGGGGAGCUAUCUUGCCAGCUUUACCAGAGGUCAGGAGAUAUGGGUCUGGGCGUGCCCUUCAACAUUGCCAGCUAUGCUCUGCUCACCUACAUGAUUGCACAUAUCACGGGCCUGCAGCCAGGUGAUUUUGUCCAUACUUUGGGAGAUGCACAUAUUUACCUGAAUCAUAUAGAGCCGCUGAAAAUUCAGCUACAGCGAGAACCAAGACCUUUCCCAAAGCUCAAAAUCCUUCGAAAAGUUGAGACAAUCGAUGAUUUCAAAGUUGAAGAUUUUCAGAUUGAAGGGUAUAAUCCACAUCCAACGAUUAAAAUGGAAAUGGCUGUUUAGAGUGCUUUCAGUGAUGCUGUGAAUAUCACCAGUCUUUUAGGGUUUGAGCUUGAUGACCAGGGUAGUGUUUUUUUUUCUAAAGGAAAAUGAGCUACACCAAAAAUUGACAGUGAUCUAUUGAUAACGAUCAUUUUCUAAAGUGUAACUGACAUUGAGAAACUGCCUUUCGUUUACUGAAGAGACAUGUAAAGCUGAGAUUAUAAGAAGGCUGGUGAGAUUCAGAGUAUAUUUCUCUAAACUUGAAAUAUGUUACAGGUUCAUUUAUAAACAAGUUUAUAUUGCUAUAGCAAUAAUUUACAUUUGUCUGUUUCUUAAAGAUUUUUAAUUUUUGUGUAGGCAUAUAGGUCAGAGAGAGCUCAAUUUGAGGUUGGGCUUAGUGACAGGCUCAGUUUCUGCCUAGAAUAGACUGACCUGAAAACCCUAAGCCUUCACUAGCUUAAUUCAUUUUUUUUUUUUUUUUUUUUUGGUUUUUCAAAACAGGGUUUCUCUGUGUAGCCCUGGCUGUCCUGGAACUCACUCUGGAGACCAGGCUGGCCUCAAACUCAGAAAUCCGCCUGCCUCUGCCUCCCAAGUGCUGGGAUUAAAGGCGUGUGCCACCACCGCCCAGCCACUAUCUUAAUGUUGGAACAGUAUUAUGUAUCUCAGGUUGGCCUCAAACACAUGGUAGCUAAGGGUGAAUUUAUUAUUCCUCAUGCUCCUGACUCUCCCUUUUAGCUACUGGGAUUAUAGGCAUGUACUAUCUCUGCCUGAAGAUCAAGAUAUGGAUCUAGCCAUAUCCAUCCAGGGCUUAUAAAAAUAAAACCCACAAGAUUACAUUUAUUCUGCCUAUGUGUAGACAGGGUCUCAUUUUAACAUGUAUGUCUUGCAGUUGUCCUAGUCAUCUUUUUGAGCAAGCAGGUUUGAUUACAAAGGCAAAAUGGCAGUCUGACCUUUUUUUUUUUUUUUUUUUUUUUUUUUUUUUUUUUUUUUGGUUUUUUGGAGACAGGGUGACAGGGUUUCUCUGUGUAGCCCUGGCUGUCCUGGAGCUCACUCUGUAGACCAGGCUGGCCUCGAACUCAGAAAUCCACCUGCCUCUGCCUCCCAGAGUGCUGGGAUUACAGGCGUGCGCCACCAUCGCCCAGUGCAGUCUGACCUUUUAUCUUGCUUGAAUAGCUAAUUUUAUAAGACUAGUCAGCUUUAGACUUCAACAUCUGGUUAAAGAAAGGAAAGUGGACAGAGUACAUAAAGUCUGUAUAAGCUAAGGGCUUACAUGAUAGAGGCAUGUAAAUAUAAUGUUAACCAAUCCAAGAUAUGGUUUAAAUCACAUUUUAAGGUUUUGGUUUUAUGGGGGACAUGUCUCUCACCCUUUAGCCCUGGCUGGCCUAGAGCUCAGUAUGGGAGCCUCAAACUUGUGGCAAAGCUUAACUGGGAGCUCCAAUGUCUGGCUAAGACAGUUUUGUAGUGUUGAAGUCCCUAAAAUGCUUAGACUGAUAACAGAAGGGAUGCUAAACCAUUUCAGGACAAAUUAGUGGAUCCUUUUUGUUGUACACAGUACUACAGAACCAGUUUUUGGUUUUUUUCGAGACAGGGUUUCUCUGUGUAGUCCUGGCUGUCCUGGAACUAACCAGGCUGGCCUCGAACUCAGAAAUCCGCCUGCCUCUGCCUCCCAAGUGCUGGGAUUAAAGGUGUGUGCCACCACUGCCAGGAUAAAUGGCCCAGGCCAUUAAUGUGCAGAUGCUGCUGGCUUUUGGGAAGAAGGAAUUUGUGUUUUAAGGACUCAGCAACUGGAAAUUUGACAAUAGCUCUGUGUCUUAAGAUUUCUAUUAUGAUAAAACUGACCAAAAAGCACCUUGGGGAGGAGAUGAUUUUUGUUAGCCUACAUCUCAGGCCACACUCCAUCACCAAGGGAAAUCAGAGCAGGAACUAAGGCAGAGCCACUAAGGAAUGCUGCUUACUCCCUUGUUCUUCAUGGCUUGCUUAGUCUACCUUAUAUCAUCCUGGACUAUACCUGUUCAGUGGUGGGUCCACCUUAUGUCAUCUAGAACUGUCCCCCAGUAAGCUGGGCCCACCCAUAUCAACAUCAUCAAUUAAAAUGCAUCAUAGUCUUGCCCAUAGGCCAGUCUUGACAUUUUCUCAGUUGAAGUUCCUUCCCUCUUCCAUAAUGAAUCUAGCUUGUGUCAAGUUGACAUAAAACUAGCUGCAUUCUGAUCUUCAUUGAUACUCAUUACUAAAGAGCCAUUUGUUAUUGAAAAUCAGUUCUUUCAGAGACACAGUGGCUUGUGGCAGCAUGUCUCCAACCUGUCCUAGGUCUCAACUUACUUUGGGAGGCAGAUAUGAAGUAUGUUUUAUUACCACAGGAUAUUUGAAAUGUUCAUGCAGAUGGUCCACAUAUUCACAUCCUAGGAAAUUGGAGCAUUAGUGCUUGAAAUUAGAUAACUUAUAAGGUAGCAGCUGUGAAAGCAGAAAAGUAUUCUUAAAUUGAGGGCUGAGAAAAUGGCUCAGUGGAUAAAGCAUUUGCCUUGCAAGCAUGAGGAUCUGGAUUUGAUCUCCAGAACCCAUAUAAAGCUGAGUGUGGUAGAACAUGAGUACAGUGAGAUGGGAGGUGGUAAUAGAUGAAUAUCUGCAGGCUCAGGAGAGCCAGCCAGCUAGUUGGUGUUCAUAGUGGUAAGCAACAAAGAGACCCUAUUCUUAGGGUAGGGAAGUGAAGACCAAUGCCUGAGGUUGUCCCCUCCACAACUGUGCCUGCACUCAGCAUGACACACACAAAAACAUACAAAACUUUUGCAGUGGGACCUGGGGUUGUAGCUAAGUGCUAGCAGAACUUGAUUUGGAUGAAAUCCUAGGUUUGAUUCCCAAGCCUUGGCUGUUAUUGCAAAGGGAGGAGCUGAGAUAUACUGUGAAAUUACCUUGGAAGUGUAGUAUCCCUACAUCAAUUCAAAUUGAAGAAACCUAGAAUUAUUGUGAUUCCUAAUGCCAAAUGUUAACUAGAUUAAACUGCCAAAUGAGAUUCCUUCUACCGGUUCAGAUGAUUAAAUGAAAAGCACAGGUUUGAAAUUGUGUCAGUCUAUUAAAUAUAUUAAAAUUUUGCAUGCCACUAUUCAGUUUUGUGGUUAGGUGCCAUACACAAAAGGUUGUGUAACAAUGUAUCAUGUAUGUAUGUAUGUAUGUAUGAUGGCAUAUAAUAGUGUUGUGUGGCAGUUCUUAGAUUACAACCUCCCAUUUUUGUGGGAAAUUUCUUAAGACAGAUUGUUUUAGGGAAGUGAACCAACAAGGAGGAAAAUGCUGUGGUGAUGCUAAGAGAUGAAGAAAACUCAAAAUAGCUUCUGGAAGCCCCUGAAACUGACCAUAUUCACUAGGCCCCUCCUUCCCAGAGUAAACAGUUUAUAGACUGCUGCCUAGAAGAAACAGAUAAGCCCCAGCUGAACUACCUAGAAAAAACAACAAAGACCAGAUGAGCUGCCUGGAAGAGAGGCUCAGACCAACUGAGUCACCUGAAAGGGGCACUCUUCAAUUUGUGGUGCUGUCUGCGGGCUGUGCAGUGUGUGGCAAGUUCUAGCUUUGUGAGCUGUCACACAUGCUGGGUGGGCUUUGGUGGUGCAGCUGUGUUUGAGUUAUUUCUGCUCCUAUAAAUAGUCCCUUACCCAUAUUCCUAUAAGUAACAUCAAUAAAACUCAUUUGUUCAUCAA